AUGGAUCUCAGUCCGGAAGCAAUACAGAAGAUACUGUCAAGGGUUUGUGUCAAAGUUGUAUCCUUUUCUGUCUUCGUUCGUUCUGUGUGGCUAGCUGGUUAGUGUUUGUUUAAAUACCCGUUUACUCCUACUAUUGUCAAUUUGAUCAGAUAACUGCCGGUAAAACAGCUUUGUUGCAGGCUACUCAGGCUCUUAAAGGAAGUCUGAAGUAAAUAGACCACAAGUUAUGUUUCCAUGAAAUUCAGAUGUCUCCAUUUCAUUGUCCUUACUAAACAUUGUUCUGGUAUCUAGCUAAUUAGUUAGCUAACUAUAACUAUGCAAUUAAAUCGCAUCAUGUCAUCUUUUUUAUUUAUUAUAUCAGUACAAGUUUCGUGAUGUUGCUAUUGAGGAGCUGAAGAAAGUUCACCAGAUUCAUCCCGCGAUGAAACCAGUAACUGGCACAUACAGUAAGUUGGCUUCAUCAGAAUGAUCACCUCCUAAUGGUCCUUCAGUGAAGAGUGAUCACCUCCUAAUGUUCCUUCAGUGAAGAGUUUGAUUGUACAGACUGUUUCUGUAUCUGUCAAAUAUCUUAAACAUAAAUCACCGGUUUCUAAGCUUUCAGUGAUGGCACCCAAAAAGAUCUGCUGAAGUUGAUUGGCAACAUACCUGUGAAAUAUGAAGGUGAGUCUUAUCAAACAUGUUAGUGUUAAAAAAAUUGAUGGGUAAAUAGUUAAACCCUAAUACAAAAACAUGUAUCUAACGUGAACUGAGUUUACUUGGAGUUUCCCCGUCCACUACCAAGGUUCAACACCACCACUGUUAUCGUCAACCAAGUACUGACUGAUUGUAGCUGAAUGGUUAUAUCGCAGACUCAAUCCUUAUCAGAGUUAGAUGGCUUUACUGUUAAUGUACAGUGUCUUCGGAAACUAUUCAGACCCCUUUACUUUUUCCACAUUUUGUUACAUUACAGCUUUAUUCUAAAGUUGACCCCCCCCCCCCCCCCCCCCCGAAAUAUUACAUUUACAUAAGUAUUCAGACCCUUUACUCAGUACUUUGUUGAAGAACCUUUGGCAGCGAUUACAGCAUUGAGUCUUCUUGGGUAUGAAGCUACAAGCUUGGAACACCUGCAUUUGGGGAGUUUCUCCCUAUCUUCUCUACAGAUCCUCUCAAGCUCUGUCAGGUUGGAUGGGGAGCGUAGCUGCACAGCUGUUUUGAGGUCUCUCCUGAGCUGUUCGAUUGGGUUCAAGUCCGGGCUCUGGAUGGGCCACUCAAGGACUUUCAGAGACUUGUCCCUAAGCCACUCCUGUGUUGUCUUGGCUGUGUGUUUAUGGUCAUUGUCCUGUUGGAAGGUGAACCGUUGCCCCAGUCUGCGGUCCUGAGCGCUCUGGAGCAGGUUUUCAUCAAGGAUCUCUCUGUACUUUGCUCUGUUCAUCUUUCCCUCAGUCCUGACUAGUCUCCCAGUCCCUGCCGCUGAAAAACAUUCCCACAGCAUCAAAUCAAAUUUUUUAUUUGUCACAUACGUGUUUAGCAGAUGUUAUUGCGGGUGUAGCGUGCCUUCCAGAUCAUGUCCAAUCAAUUGAAUUUACCACAGGUGGACUCCAAUCAAGUUGUAGAAACAUCUCAAGGAUGAUAAAUGGAAACGGGAUGCACCUGAGCUCAAUUUCAAGUCUCAUAGCAAAGGGUCUGAAUACUUGUGUAAAUAAGAUAUUUCUGUUUUUUAAAAAAUGUUUUAAUCAAUUUGCAAAAAUGUCUAAACCUGUUUUCGCUUUGUCAUUAUGGGGUAUUGUGUGUAGAUUGAGAAUUUAUUUAUUUUUUAAUCAAUUUUAGAAUAAGGCUGUAACGUAACAAAAUGUGGAAAAUGUCAAGGGGUAUGAAUACUUUCCGAUGGCACUGUACAGUAAAUUCUGUAUUCCAUGCUGUAUAAUUCCCAGGCCGUUCAUACAACCUGCCCAUCCUGCUGUGGCUGAUGGACUCCUUCCCCUUCACCCCUCCUAUCUGCUUGCUGAGGCCCACCACCAACAUGGUCAUCAGGGAGGGGAAGCACGUGGACGCCAGAGGACGCAUCUACCUCCCCAGCCUCCACAACUGGGACCAUGUAAGAGGAUGCUCUCCUACACAGAGAAAUCUGUGAGAGUUGAUCACUGUUGUCGUUUCUCUUGACUGAAAGGCAAUCCAUGCUGAUCAAUACCUGGGCCCGUGUCCACAAAGCAUCUCAGAAAAUGUCUUAGGAAUCCUGUUAAACCUGUUUUAAGACAAACUCCCAGCUCAGGGUAGGUUUUCGGAUGAUGUUAAGACACUGCCCAGACAAAGUCUGAAUCAGGAGUAAAAUCAACUCAUAAAAGGUUUAUCUCAGCUGGUAAUCACGACAGUUGGAGGUACCGCAAAGGAAAGAUAGUGAUGACACAUAUCGCGAUGAGGCAUCGGCAGCUGUGAAUUUUAUAGCACGUGUCGCUUCAGACAACCACGGUAAAUGUGACUGCAUGUGUUGCAAUACAACUUUGAUAUAAUUUUCACAAUCACUUUGCCUACUCUUAAUUAUUAUAUUAUGUUGGCUUUUUUUUAACCAAUUCUGAUGGAUGUUAAAAGUGGAAAUUGUACAAUAAUUUCCAUUUGUCAACACACUCGUCACUCACUUUUAACAAUUCUAAAUCGCUUUGCCACUGUAGGUAUCAAGUCACUUGCCGAUAAGGUUGCAUACAACGUUUGAAAGGUCUAUAAUUUCAUCGAACACAAUCUAUACUGCACAGAAAUAUAAAUGCAACAUGUAAAGUUUUGGUCCCAUGUUUCAUGAGCUGAAAUAAAAGAUUGCAGAAAUUUUCCAUAUGCACAAAAAGCUUAUUUCGCUCAAAUGUUGUGCACAAAUUUGUUUACAUCCCUGUUAGUGAGCAUUUAAAUUUUUUUCAAGAUAAUCAUCCACCUGACAAGUGUGGCAUAUCAAGAAACUGAUUAAACAGUGAUUAUUACACAGGUGCACCUUGUGCUGGGGACAAUAAAAGGCCACUCUAAAAUGUGCAAUUUUGUCACACAACACUGCCACAGAUGUCUCACGUUUUGAGGGAGGGUGCAAUUGGCAUGCUGACUGCAGGAAUGUCCACCAGAGCUGUUGCCAGAGAAUUGAAUGUUAAUUUUCCUACCAUAAGCCGCCUCCAAAGCCGUUUUAGAGAAUUUGGCAGUACUGCCAACCGGCCUCACAACCGCAGGCCACGUGUAACCACGCCAGCCCAGGACCUCCACAUCCAGCUUCUUCACCUACAGGAUUGUCUGAGACCAGCCAACCAGACAGCUGAUGAAACGGAGGAAUAUUUUGGUCUGUAAUAAAGCCCUUUUGUGGGGAAAAACUCAUUCUGAUUGGCUGGCGGAUAGCGGCACCCCUGCCCAGUCAUGUGAAAUCCAUAGAUUAGGGCCUAAUUAAUUUCUUUCAAUUGACUGAUUUCCUUAUAUGAACUGUAACAGUACAUAUUUUUGAAAUUGUUGCAUAUAUAUUUUUGUUCAGUAUAAGUUAACAUAAGCCCUAGAUGCCUUCAAUUGCCCAACUUCUAGGCAUCCCCAGUUUAGAUUUUUUUUUACUACGCGAUGUUGCGCUCCAAAUGGCUAACUUUAAAUAGCAUGAUGUGGAUUUAUUAUCCUAGUGGUUCUAAGUAUUUAGGCAUAUCAAGUGAAAUAGGCCAUUGUCAAAAGCACAAGAGAUACUAUUGCAUGUACAGUGCAUUCGGAAAGUGUUCAGACCCCUAAAUAAGUAAAUAAACUAUUACAUUUACAUACGUAUUCAGACCCUUUACUCAGUACUUUGUUGAAGCACCUUUGGCAGCGAUUACAGCCUGGAGUCUUCUUGGGUAUGACGCUACAAGCUUGGCACAGCUGUAUUUGGGGAGUUUCUCCCAUUCUUCUCUGCAGAUCCUCUCAAGCUCUGUCAGGUUGUAUGGGGAGCGUCGCAGCACAGCUAUUUUCAGGUUCUCCAGAUAUAUUAGAUCGGGUUCAAGUCCGGGCUCUGGCUGGGCCACUCAAGGACAUUCAGAGACUUGUCCCGAAGCCACUCCUGCGUUGCCUUGGCUGUGUGCUUAGGGUCGCUGUCCUGUUGGAAGGUGAACCGUUGCCCCAGUCUGCGGUCCUGAGUGCUCUGGAGCAGGUUUUCAUCAAGGAUCUCUCUGUACUUUGCUCUGUUCAUCUUUCCCUCGAUCCUGACUAGUCUCCCAGUCCCUGCCACUGAAAAACAUCCCCACAGCAUGAUGCUGCCACCACCAUGCUUCACCGUAGGGAUGGUAUUGGCCAGGUGAUGAGCGGUGCCUGGUUUCCUCCAGAUGUUCAAUCUUGGUUUCAUCAGACCAGAGAAUCUUGUUUCUCAUGGUCUGAGAGUCCUUUAGGUGCCUUUUGGCAAAUUCCUGGCCACUCUACCAUAAAGGCCUGAUUGGUGGAGCGCUGCAGAGAUGGUUGUCCUUCUGGAAGGUUAUUCCAUCUCCACAGAGGAAUUCUGGAGCUCUGUCUGAGUGACCAUCGGGUUCUUGGUCACCUCCUUGACCAAGACCCUUCUCCCCCGAUUGCUCCGCUUGGCCAGGCAGCCUGCACUAGGAAAAGUCUUGGUGGUUCCAAACAUCUUCCAUUUAAGAAUGAUUGAGGCCACUGUGUUCUUGGGGACCUUCAAUGCUGCAGACAUUUUUUGGUACCCUUCCCCAGAUCUGUGCCUCAACACAAUCCUGUCUCGGAGCUCUACGGACAAUUCCUUCGACCUCAUGGCUUGGUUUUUGCUCUGAUAUGCACUGUCAACUGUGGGACCUUUUAUAUAGACAGGUGUGUGCCUUUCCAAAUCAUGUCCAAUCAAUUUAGUUUACCACAGGUGGACUCCAAUCAAGUUGUAGAAACAUUUCAAGGAUGAUCAAUGGAAACAGGAUGCACCUGAGUUCAAUUUCGAAUCUCAUAGUGAAGGGUCUGAAUACUAUAUAAAUAAGGUAUUUCUGUUUUUUAUGUGUAGUACAUUUGCAAAAAUGUCUAAACCUGUUUUCACUUUGUCAUUAUGGGGUAUUGUGUGUAGAUUGAUGGAUACAAAAAAAAAAAACAUUUUAGAGUAAGGCUUUAACGUGACAAAAUGGAAAAGGUCAAUGGGUCUGAAUACUUUCCGAAUGCACUGUAGGUCCAGAUUAUUUAUUGAUUGAUUGAUCAGGUAGAAAUAUCAAAACAUUAUUUGAACAACUCCAAAGCAAUUGCAUGUGGCGCAGGAACCACUGAGUCGCUUCAUUUUUGUAUUUUCUAUACACCUGCUGGUAACUCUUAACUGCUCAUGAGGUGUUUUAAUAUCUGUCGACUUUGACUCUUAUGACUACAUUUUACCCAUAAGGAUAGGAGUAAAAUGUUUCUAUUCUCAGCACUUAUGACCAAUUUUCUACUCAGACGCUUUAUGGAUAUGGGCCCAGGUCUCUGUUCUAGUAUCCACACUUGAAUACUACUUAUUUGGCUCUAUCUCAUUGUCCUUCUGCGAUUCUUGGCUUGCCAUCUCCUUGCCUCCUUCUCAACCUUACUGGAGGAUAAGGUCAAAGGUCCCUGCCCUUUGGGCUUCUUCUCCAAUGUGUUUUGAGAAAGGAGAAGAUGCGAGGAAUCAAGAAAAGAUUGAGGAAGUCCCUUUAGAAUUAAGCAAUGCAUUGGGCAUGUAUCCUAAGUGGGACACUAGUAUGGACAAUACAUAUGGAAGUAACUUCAGAGUGUGACUCAAUUUUCAUUUUUUCAGCUCCACCUCAAAUGUAGCAAAUUUGUGCGAGUUUCAUGUUAUUCAUUCUUUGACGGAAGCAUUUUUGAUGGAGUAAAUUGUCAUGUCAUUGACCAUGACAGAUAGACACCGAUGCAUCCUCUCUCCCGUUGUAAAGCUGUGCGUCUUCCUCUCCCUCCACAGCCCAAGUCGUCUGUAGUAGGUCUCCUGGCUGAGAUGAUCUCCCAGUUUGAGGAGGAGCCUCCGCUGGGCACCAAGUCCACCGGAGACAACAGAGACCCCAAUGAGCUGCUGGCCUUCGUUUCCAACCUGAAGAUCAAUGAA